AUGAGGGCCGCCUGUCCCCAAGUGAGGUCAGGCUUUGGGAUUCACGUAAAUACUCAUCCAAAACCACACACUGCCCUGUGGGGGUCCCACGGGCUCAAGAUGAGGGCCGCCUGUCCCCAGGUGAGGUCAGGCUUUGGGAUUCACUCAAAUACUCAUCCAAAACCAUACGCUGCCCUGUGGGGGUCCCACGGGCUCAAGAUGAGGGCCGCCUGUCCCCGGGCGAGGUCAGGCUUUGGGAUUCAUGCAAAUACUCAUCCAAAACCACACGCUGCCCUGUGGGGGUCCCACAGGCUCAAGAUGAGGGCCGCCUGUCCCCGGGUGAGGUCAGGCUUUGGGAUUCACGCAAAUACUCAUCCAAAACCACAUGCUUCCCUGUGGGGGUCCCACAGGCUCAAGAUGAGGGCCGCCUGUCCCCUGGCGAGGUCAGACUUUGGGAUUCAGACACAUCCUCAUCCAGUACCUCAUCCGGGAGCUCUGUGCCACCACUCCAUGCAGACCCGCCCAUCAGGGUCCUCCAUCCCAUGCCCCGCCAUUUCAAACAUGACUCCAGGGACUCUUCGGUGGCUUUUCCAGGACCCAAGGCCACACGCUGCCCGGUGGGGGUCCCAGAGGCUGAAGAUGAGGGCCGCCAGUCCCCUGGCGAGGUCAGGCUUUGGGAUUCACGCAAAUACUCAUCCAAAACCACACGCUGCCCUGUGGGGGUCCCAUGGGCUCAAGAUGAGGGCCACCUGUCCCCGGGCGAGGUCAGGCUUUGGGAUUCUUGCAAAUACUCAUCGAAAACCACACGCUGCCCUGUGGGGGUCCCACAGGCUCAAGAUGAGGGCCACCUGUCCCCGGGCGAGGUCAGGCUUUGGGAUUCACGCAAAUACUUAUCCAAAACCACACGCUGCCCUGUGGGGGUCCCACAGGCUCAAGAUGAGGGCCGCCUGUCCCCGGCGAGGUCAGGCUUUGGGAUUCAGACACAUCCUCAUCCAGUAGCUCAUCCGGGAGCUCUGUGCCACCGCUCCAUGCAGACCCGCCCAUCAGGGUCCUCCAUUUCCUGUGCUGUCAUUUUGAACACUGUCGUUUCUACAUCUCCCAUGAACAGCCCUGGAACUACAAGACCCUACUUUUGUUGUGUUUAUGUCGAAGAGAGUAUUUGUGUAGAAGACAGCUUGGAACAUUAGGAGAAUAAAGUGUUUCCUGUGGUUACAGCACAGAGUGGGGUGUGUGUGUGUGUGUGUGUGUGUGUGUGUUUAUGUGUGUGU